UGGGCCUUUACCAUUUUCAGCAGGCAGCAUCUUACAGCAGCCAUGUGGAAAAUACCAAGGAGGUUUUCACUCACUGUAAGUCUCACUUUGCAUUGUGCCUUUAUUUCUGCAGGGGCUUGUAGUGAUUGGAGGAUGCUCAAUGCAUUAAAUUGAAUGUUUACAGGUCGUCUUAAAACAUAUAACACACUUUAAAUGAUUAAUGAAAUGGCCUGCCAGUGUGGUUUACAGGUAUGUGCUGUGGAGUUCACAGAUAACUGGGCUAGUGAUAGAUCUUGAUGAUCUUUUCAAGGGUAGAUUGUGUUGCUUUCCCAAGGAUCCACUGGAGGAUGUUGAGACUUGGAGUGAGUCUGUGGACAAAGUCCUCGGUUGUAAAGCCGGACAGAUGGCUUUCCGGGAGUUCCUGAAGUCCGAGUACAGUGAGGAGAACAUACUGUUUUGGCUCGCCUGUGAGGAGUACAAAAAAAUCAAGACGGACCCGGAGAUGAUCUCAUCUGCCAACAGGAUCUACUCAGAGUUUGUCCAAACAGAAGCACCCAGACAGAUCAACAUAGAUUGCGGUACCAGAGAAAAUAUAACAAAGAACAUCUCCCAGCCGACCCUGACUUCGUUUGAUACAGCACAGAAGCUCAUCUACAGUCUGAUGGCCAGGGAUUGCUACCCACGGUUCCUAAAAUCUGACAUCUAUCAGGGACUCCUGAGGAGAACCGAUUCAAGGUGACUGUUUUAAAACUGACAGCCUCUCAGAUGGAGGCUGGCGAAAUCUUCUCCCCGACUCUGAUCUGCUGUAGCACUCUUUGAUUUCAGUGUGGAUAACGGGUUUAUGCCAUACCAUCCAUAUCCUAGGUGUAGCAGAAAUAGCUUUUCUCAGCCUGCGUGAUUCAGUAGACAGUUACAGCUCAAGAGAAUUUGUGGCUUGUAAUAUACUUUAUCUCUUUAAUUAUGUUAAGGUGAAAAAAAAAAUCUUGUUCACAUAAUUCUUCUGUGAUUAUCUGUUUUAUUUCCACCAACCCAUGAAGUUAGAAAUUAGAAAGAAUUCUCUAAUUGUAAAGUAUUAUCAACACUUUAUCUAAUUGA